AUGAACGAGUAUGAGCGAGUGAUUGUAAACAGAUUGCCUGACAGUAGCACAGAAACUGGGGCAGAAAAGAGCAGCAGCCUAAAUCAAGCAAUGAGUACAUCCCCGCUAACAAAUGGUUCAAACCAUCUGCAGUCCCUCUGUCACCGUCUUGAGGAGACCAACACUGCUUUACUGUGGAGAAUGAUGGAAGAAGAAGAGCUGGCCAUGAAGAGCGCCUCCCAGCAGUUGGGGCAGUACAGCAGGACUGGGAAUAUUUCCCAGGCAGUGCUCUCAUGGAGAGAGUGUCAGCAACAAGACGCACAGAAGGAUCUUCGUAAAUUGAGAGAGCAAAGGGAAGAAUGUUUGCAAGGGCUCCGGCUUCAGAUUCAGGCCUGUAAUGAGGAGUUGCACAGAGCUCAAGAGAAUCUACAGCGGCUCAGAGAGUACCAGGACAGACAGCAACCCAUGUUCCUACUACAGAUUGCAGAUUUACAGCGUCAGAUACUUAGAUACAACCAGGCUAAUAAGGACCAAGAGGCUGACAUUGAGCUUUUAGCCAAUACAGAGAUGCAGAAAUGUUUGGAAAGGCAUCAGAAGCUGCAAUUUCAGGCCCUGCAGGGAAUAGCAGAUUCUCACAUUGCACAGAUGUCUCUAUCUCUCAGGAGAUUGUGUUUGGAAAAUCACAGAAUGAAGCAACAAAUCUGCAUGUACCAACAGGAGGUGGGGCACUUACAGGAGCAGAUCUCAAGGCUUCAGAACACAAGAGAUGGCCUACAGAACUGUAGGGCCCAGGAGACCAAGAACACCUGUACAAUGUUGGUGGAGAACAGAUACAGCUGUGCUCCUGAUGAAGACUUUGUACUGGAUAUCCCUCUGGCUUUCCACUUGCCAAUAUAAAUGAAGAGUUAUGGGAGUAGGGAGAGGCCACCCUAUAGCCGCUCAUUGACUAAAUUUCAAGAAGAAAAGUUUAUGAACGAUUUGGGAUGACUUAACAUAUUCUGGACACAUAUGUGUGCCUCUGAUUGCAUAUAUGGGUUUAUUGUUGGGUACAACUAUAUAGCACAUCGCUACUUGUGCCCAGGGACAUACACACUGAAUUUGUUGUCAGUCACAUCUAAAAGUAAAAUUGCUUUGCAGUCACUUUGGUAUCACGUUCUUACACAAGGUUGAACCCUGGAGUGUGACCAACCUUUUAGGUAUGUGCCCUUAUUUAAGAAUAAUAAUUGGCAUGUGGGUUCAAGAAUGGUCAUAAUUGUAAGUGCAGGAGAGUGCCAGCACCAGAGCAUUGUUGUAAAGAAAUAAACCUUGUGUUUAUA